AUGGCAGAUCCCAAGAAAUCGCCUCCUCUCACCCGCGACUCAGUCAUCGCCGCACAUGCUCUGAUCAAAGAAUACAUCCACUAUACACCUGUCCUCACAAAUGCUACACUUACCGACCUAGCAUCAAUACCUCAAUCAGCCUCCGACUUAGCAGACACGCCUUGGGCAGGCCAAAAACCAGCAAAACCGAAGAUUCGAUUAUGGUUCAAGUGCGAGAAUCUGCAGAAAGUGGGGGCGUUCAAGGUGAGAGGUGCAUUUCAUGCAUUGAUGAGGUUGAUAGCGGAGGAGGGGUGGGAAGCUCGUGGUGGGCGGGAAAGAGGAGUGGUUACGCACAGUUCUGGCAACCACGCACAAGCACUUGCUCUCGCAGCCCGCACGAUAGGCGUCCCCGCCCAUAUAGUCAUGCCCAAAAUCUCCACCCCUUCAAAAAUAGCAGCUACGAAACGCUACGGCGCCAGAGUUAUAUUUAGCGGGAGCACAAGUACAGAGCGGGAAGCAGUGGUUGAAGACGUUAUAAAAGAGACAGGGGCCAGAUUAGUUCCCCCUUAUGAUCAUCCAGAUAUCAUGCUUGGACAAGGAACUCUGGGAAUUGAGUUGCAAGAACAAGUUGAGAGGAUGCUUGCCGAAGGUGGAAAGGAACGGCCGAAAUGCAGUUUUGCGCUGAAGGGUAAGGGAGAAACCAUAAAGGGAUUGGAUGCCAUCAUUGCGCCUUGUGGUGGGGGCGGGAUGCUUUCUGGUACGGCAAUAAGUUGUGAAGGCACGGGAAUCUUUGUAUUCGGUGCGGAGCCAUCAUUUGAGGGCGCAGAUGAUUGUAAAAGGGGUAUUGAGCAAGGGAAGAGGAUUGAGACCGUGAAGACCCUUACGAUUGCUGAUGGGUUGAGAACACCUGUGGGUGCUUAUCCUUGGUCAGUGAUUUAUGAGAGGAAGCUGGUGAGGCAGAUGUUCAGUGUUACUGAAGACCAGAUCAAGAAGGCUUUAAGGCUGGUGCUGGAGAGGAUGAAGGUUAUAGUAGAGCCGAGUGCGGUGGUAGGUCUGGCGACUGCAUUGUUCAAUGAAGAUUUCAGAAGAAUGGUGGAAAGGGAGUGCGGGGAGGAAGGCUGGGAUUUGGGUAUAGUGUUUUCGGGAGGGAAUGUGAGUGUUGAAGCUUUGGGCAAGAUGUUUGAGGUUCCCCAGGCAAAGGCUGAGAGACAGGAAGGCGUGGUGGGGAAGGAUGGGGAGAAGAUCGCCGGGAAUGUUGCAGGAUGA